UCCUGUCUUCCUGUGUGCAAGGCGAGGGAAGAGCGGGCAGCACUGUGUUUACAUCAGAGUCUGGGGAGGCAACACAGGGAGAGGAUACAUGAGUCUGCACCCUGUGAGAAGAGGAGUUUGAGGUAAAGAAGACAGACAAGGGAUAGCUGCUGAUGUGGGGGUAAAAAGUCAGCUACUGGACAAUGAGCUGACAACAGUGAGCUUCAACACCUCAGAAUCCCGCGCCCUCUCACCUGGGUUCAACAUCAACAGCACACUUCUCAAAAUGCAUCCUAGCUGUGAACUCCAGCUGGAAAGCAAUGGAGACAUAAAUAACCAAAGUCACAAGAACGAGGAUGACUCAUGCCACACUUCCAAGUUGCCCCUUGGCUGGAUCAGAGAGGUCAGGCAGCGGAAAGCAGGAAAGACAGCAGGCAAAAUGGACGUCUACAUUACAAGUCCCCAAGGGCUGAAGUUCCGCUCAAAAGCAUCCCUGAAGGCUUUCCUCCUGAAAGAUGGAGAGGUUGACUUAGACAUAGACCUCUUUGAUUUCACUGCAUCCAAGGAUGAUGUCACCACUUCACAAGUACUCCCUGCCCAAGUGAAAGAGAGGAGAAGAAAGAAAAGACAAGCAGAUGGACAGCAGGGGACAACAGAUGUGACACAAAUACUGGAUUCGCCUCCAAAUAAAUCUAAAAAGGCUUCUUCCUCCCUGAGAAGUGAUACUAAAGACAGAGAAGUGUCGCACACUGCUGCACCUUCAACCACACAAGAUGACGACAAACUGCAGAAGAGCCCUCAGAGGCCGGGUCAGCUGAGAGAGAAGCUUCUCAGACUGGCUCCAUCUAGUAAUCAAGAAAACACUCUCACUGUUCACAAGGACGAAGAGGCAGACUCGCAGCCUUCUGUCCCGACUCUGAAAGUCGAACCUGCCACUGACAGCGAGGGCGAGGGUGAGGGUGAACGAGGUGGAGAUGACAUACACAUUCACAGCAAAGGUGACAACACGCCUAAUUCUGAACAGGAGGCUGAGGCUGACAGCCACCGAGAUGACGAACAGGAGGUGUUGUUACCUGACAUCACUGGUGAGAGCUGCACGCCGGUGAGAGAUUCCCAGAAUAUUUCCUGUCGCCUAGAGUCCAAGAGCAUGGAAGGCAAACGGAAAACAAGCCCUUACUUCAGCAGACAGCCCCUCAGAGAUGGCCUCAGCCCACCCAGGAGGAAGGCCUUCAAGAAGUGGACGCCCCCUCGCUCCCCCUACAACCUCGUACAGGAAACUCUGUUCCAUGAUCCCUGGAAGCUCCUGGUGGCCACUAUUUUUCUGAAUAAGACCAGUGGCAAGAUGGCCAUACCAGUGCUGUGGCAGUUCUUCGACCGCUAUCCGAGUCCAGAGGUGACACGUGAGGCUGACUGGAAGCCCCUGUCUGAACUUAUGAAGCCACUAGGCCUGUAUGAGCUCAGAGCCAAAACACUAAUACGCUUCUCAGAUGACUAUCUAACUAAACAGUGGCGUUACCCCAUCGAGUUGCACGGCAUUGGGAAGUACGGCAACGACUCCUACAGGAUCUUCUGUGUGGGGGAGUGGAGAGAGGUGAAACCUGAAGAUCACAUGUUAAACAAGUACCACGAGUGGCUGUGGGAGAACCAUGAAAGACUUGGAAUCUGAAACACAAUGCAUUAAGGAUUGCAAGAAGAUUUGCUGCGGCGAAGACAAGAAAAACAAUCACAUCACAUAAACAAUAAGAUCAUAUUACAGUAUUAAUAUUAUGAUUAACAGGUGUAGACUCGAGUCACGUGACUUCAAUGACUUGUGACUUCACUUGGACUUGAGCCUUUACAAAAUGUUCUUUAAAAAGCAUGCCACAAAUCAGUCAACUAACCUUCAUUUUCCAAAUCAACUAACAUUCACACUAUGCAUUCCCAGCAAGUCGACCCUUUAUCAAGUUGCAAGAGAGAGCCAUGAAGAACUCAUGUUACGUAACUGAAUGCAGGUUGGGAAAAAUGAUACCAAAGAUUAUUUCUUCAGUGUAUAAAAACUAAGUGGUGGUCAACAGAAAAAGAUUUGCAGUAUGCAAAAUGUCAGAGACACAACUUCCAGCUUUGUUUUACAUUUGAAGUUGCACCAAGAACGCAAGUUGAGGCUAACAUUAACAUAGUUAGCAAGCUAAAGCUUAGCUAACGUUAUAGCUUCAUUGAUAAAAUGGCAUUACAUGUGGUGAAGAGUGCAUUAUGACUUGGGAUUUGACUACUACUUACUUGUGACUUGCAAUACAAUGACUUGGUCCCAACUCUGUUAUUAUUAACUUGCAAUGUUAUACCUGAAUCCCUUUAAAAUUAUGCAGUGAUAUUACUUCAUCCUUCUUCUUCCUUUAAAAGUUUUACUCAAUAUUUAAUAAAAAUGUUUUAAGGGGU